AUGUCCGCCUUGCCCAGCAACGACCUCCGCAGCGCAGCCAAACCAUACCUCCGUGAAAAGAAUCACAACAAGAAGUGGGCAAGAGGAGCUCAAGAGGCUCCGGAACACCAUUGCCACAAGCACGCGUACCCCGAAGACAAUUGCCGCAAAUGCAUGGGCAGGCCGAAUCGACGAGAUCAAGAUCGGAGAGUCGGCCGAUCAGAGGCCAAACACAAGCAUGACCUGCACAACAAGCUGAGCGGCCACGCUGCGACCCUCGCUCGCAAGGCUUUCCGCAAUGAAGUGGUCGAUGCCAUGGAUGGUCCUUUGGCUCACGUCUCCGACACUUCUGAGGAAGAAGAAGUUCCGGACGCGUCUGAAGCCCCUCUUCCAGCUGAGGGUGACUUUAUGUACAGCUAUGACCACGCGACUGGACCGCGAGCCGGCAGUGACAUCCUCAGCCAAGCCAUCAUCCAAGCUGUCCGAAGAUUCGAGAACAACGAGACUGAGAAACUCAUCAACACCGAAUACAAUGUCAUUGACGACAAGGAAAUGGCCGAGGUCUCUGCCGAGGACGAUGACGACGAUUUUGAGCUCGUCGACUACUCUCACUUGAAGUGA